AUGGUCAUCUUGAACCUCCUCCUUCUGACUGCCAGCCUGGCUUGGGCUGGCGUUCUAUACCAACCCAGGCAGGAGCCAUCAGCCACUGUGCCUGAUUAUUUCCAGACAACACCUGAGAUUUUUGCAGGUCCGACUGCUACAGGUCUCAUCGCACCUUUCCUGGCCCAGACAAAUCCUGCGCCGUUUGGCCACGAGGCUUCCUUUGUGCCCAAUGCGCCGCUCGAGACAAACUUGCCCAUCUCUGGGAAUACUAACAGGUCCAGCAUCUUCCAGCUCCAAGGUCACCUGAGCUCAUAUUUUCCCAACCCUGUCGGAUUCGGUGUCAAUGAAUAUCCCGUACCUCCCGGGUCAAACAUCUCUCAAGUUCAUCUUCUUCAUCGGCACGGUUCUAGGUAUCCCACUGGCUCAGCCUCGGUGGCUGUGUUCGGACAAAAGAUCUAUCAUCUCACGACCAACAAGACAGCGUCAUGGAGUGGCGAGCUCAGCUUCCUUCAAAAUUGGAAAUACCAACUAGGAGCAGAGACUCUGGUGACACGGGGACACCAGGAGCUGUUCGACAGCGGGGUCUUGUUUUACUAUAACUAUGGUCAACUUUACAACACCUCGACAAAGAUCAUCGCUCGCACAACUAGCCAAGAUCGAAUGCGAAAAUCUGCAGAAUACUUCAUGGCUGGCUUCUUUGGUCUGGACUGGACCAAUAAUGUAACCUUGGAAAUCAUUAUAGAACAGGAUGGAUUGAACAACUCUCUUUCCGGCGCCUCGCACUGUAAUAACAGCAAUUCAUAUCGGGCUGAAGGUGGCAACAAUGCAUCUCUCAUUUGGGAGAACAUGUACCUGGCGAAUGCCACGCAACGAUUUCGCAGCAUGUCUGGAGAUUAUAACUGGACCGUGGCAGAUUCGUACAACGCCCAGACUUUGUGUCCUUAUGAGACGGUUGCUUUUGGCUACUCGGCUUGGUGUGAGUUGUUCACAUUCGAGGAGUGGCAGGGAUUCGAGUAUAGCAUUGACCUGCAGUUCAAUGGAAACAACGGCUUUGCUUCGCCGACUGGAAGAGGAGUCGGCAUUGGAUGGGUGGAGGAACUGUACGAAAGACUGCAAGGUCAACUCCCAAAUCUACCUGCGGGGUCCACCAACAUCAAUACCACCCUGGACGAGAUGAAUUCGACCUUCCCAUUGAAUCAAACGUUAUACUUUGACUUUUCCCAUGAUACCAACAUCAUGUCCGUGAUCACAGCCUUUGGCCUGAAGCAGUUUGCACAACCGUUGCCGGAAACAGGGCCUCCUGCUGAUCAGCAAUUGGUGGUGUCGCAUGUAACACCAUUUGCGGCUCGUAUGGUUUGGGAGAUUAUCAAGGCACCAUACCCUGUGAAAGCGAUAAGGCCCAGCGGCACAAACACCAGCACGUCAGACUUUUAUGACAAAAAUGGAAAUGCCACAACUUAUGUCCACCUCUCGCUCAAUCAACGAACCGUACCACUGCACAGGAGUUAUGCCGAGUGCCAGCAAAGAGAUGACGGCUGGUGUGAACUAUCGACUAUCCUGCAGGUCUUUGAUGGCUUGCUUAACACAGCCAGAUUCGAGUAUAGCUGCUUUGGAGAGUACCCGUCCACACCGUAUGGGAACGUCACUGAUGGAACCCCCACCACCAAAAGAUCUUUGACCAGCGUUUUCGGCACGGGGUUAGAGUUUGGUGAGAGCAGUGACAGGUGGAGGGAGUAGCUGCAACGUCAACGACCACCAUGAACGCGCAUGAGCAGCUGAAGUCCAUCAUAAUCACAUGCAAAGCCAACAGGACACGGUGUCUUCUAAAUAUGGAUUGUAACAAAGCAUGGAGCCAUGAUGAUGGUGUCGCGUGUCCAACGGUUCUUUGUUUGCUGCCUGGACG